CAUUGACAAUUGUCGAAAAACACAUGUAAGACAAUUACUGGAAUUUAAUGGUGGAAUGUUCAUUCAGAAUUCAAAAAAAUAUCAGUUAUUUUUUAAAACUUCUCUGCAGGCCAUUUUUAACUCAAAAAUCUUUUUAGUAAACAGUGGCUUUAACCUCUUGUGUAAAAAGUAACCAAUGCAAUAUCUCAAUUUCAAUCAGUUACGUGAAAUUUUAAUCGAAUUUUUUUGAAGUCCUGCAAUUUCCAUACACAGUAGAUAAGGAUGAGAAGAGCACGAAUUAAAGCUGUAGCUACUGUGCCAGUACGUAGAAAAGCUGUUCAAGAUAGCACUCAAGCAGCACCUCCAGUGCAAACUGAUGUAAAAGAAUUUGAAAAAUUACCAGAUAAAAUUGACCAAUGUAAUAAUGAAUCUGUUGCAAUUGAUACACAAGAAAAAUCAAUAGUAAAUGUUCUUACACUUCAGUCUCCUCAGCAACUUCCAAGUUCUCCUUUAAAAAAUAAAGUUGCAAAAUUAGAAAAUGCACCAAAAUCUCCACAAAAAGGACCAUGUAUAAGUCAUAUAAAAGAAGAAGUUCAAGAAUCAGAAAAUAUACCAAAAUCUUCACCGAAAACUUCUAUCUCUCCUCUAAAAGAAAAAGAAUUAGAAAAUCUAUCACAAUCUAAACAGGAAGAACCUACUUCUCUUGUAAAAGAAAAACGAUUUUCUGAAAUAAAUGUACAAGAUAAUAAUAAUUUACAGCCAUCUCAGAAAAGCGAUGUUUCACCGAAACCUACUGUUGCUUCUGUUGAAGUUAAAAUUCAUCAAAGUAGAUCACACUUCACAAGGCCAAUGCCCAGGUUGGAUGGAAGUGGUAGAAUCCGAAGAAAUAGUAUUCAAGGAAGUGGAGCAAGUGCUAGUGAAUCAGAAGAUGACAGUAGAAGAUCAAGCUCUGUUGUACCAAAUCGUGUAAGGAAUGAUUCUGUAUCUUCCACUUUUAGUUUGAAAGACACUGGAAAUGUGAGCAAUAUUUCAAAAUUAAAUCUUGGCCAAAAAAGAAGAAUGGUUGUAUCAGAAUCUGCUAGAAAGCUUGCAGAAUCUAGAAGAGAAUUUCUUUUAAAACAUGAACAUAAACCCCCUGAUAAGAGUAAGCUAACCAUGUAUGAUUUGAUUUAUUAUAAUCCAGUGACAAAUCCUAUGACACCAAAACCUCCAAAUAAACAGGCUGCUAGAAAAAACUCAAUCUGCUCAAUACAUGAUUCAAAAGAAGAGAAAAUUGUAGAUAAACCAGCAGAAAUGCUUGUGCCGCAAGUAAAAGUAGGACCAAAUGAACAGCUAAUAAUUGAUGAACAAAGUCUUGUCAUUGACCAAUACAAGGCACAGGAAAAUAUAGAUAGAUCAGAUAUUUUAAUAGAUGACGAAACUAGUGGUUUUUAUAAAAGGCGAAGUAAAAGCAAAGAUUGGAGUAAAUGGGAGACAUUAAAAUUUUAUAAAGCUUUAAAUACUUAUGGAACUGACUUUCUUUUAAUGAAAAGUAUAUUUCCUCAUAGAACAAGACAAGAAUUAAAAUUAAAAUACAAAAAAGAAGAAAAAAUUAAUCAUAAUUUAGUAGAAAAAGCUCUUGUAUACCAACAAUUUGAUACAGAAACAUUGGAAAAAGAUUUAGCAAAAGUUGAUGAGAGCGAAAGAUUAGAAACAGAAUCAAACAAAAAAGUAAAGAAGAAAGAUAAAGAGAAAGACAAAAAGCGAAAGCGUAUUAGAUGUCAAAAAUUGGUAAAAGAACUGAAUUGUGAAGAUGAUCAGAAUUCCGAUGAAAAUAAAAAUAGUGGUGAAGAGCAAACAAGUGAUGAAGAAAAAAUUGAAAAGCCAAUUCCAAAAAGAAGACGCGCAACACGUAAACGUAAAAUGAUGGUAUUCGAUACAAACAGUGAUGGAAGUUUAAAUAAUGAUACUGAUAGUAACCCAGAAUUGUAUGAAAUUCAAACAACUCGGUCGGGGCGUACCUCAAGAAAAACCAAAAAACUACAAAAAAUUAAAAGAACUACAAUUAGUAAAAAUAAAGAAGAAACUAAACGAGCACCGAAAAUGAAUGACAAGAAAAAUAAUAACGAAAAAAAUAUCGAAGAAGGAAAUCCGAACUGUAACGGAGAUAAAAAUGAAGAUAUUAUAAUUAUUGAAGAGCAAACUAUAGCAAAAAAUAUUGAUAACAAUGACAGUUUAGGGACAUCAACAACUGAGACCAAAAUAUCAACUAUUCCCGGUGAAUUCACUGAUGUGCCUAACAUAAAAAAUUUAGAACCAGGUUCAUGGGUCGUUUUAACAAAAGACAAUGCUAAUGAACCAGGAAAAAAAAUUGUCCAACAUUAUAUUGUCAGUCCUGAUUACGAUGGUAAUAAUCCUAGUAGAAAAGACAAUUUUAUACCUAUUACUUUGCCACCAGACGUGAUGAACACUGUUAUUAAUUGUAUCGAAAAUAUUGAGCCAGGAAAUAUUUCAUAAAUAUGUAAUAUAUAUCAUAAAAUCUGUGUAAAAAUGCAUUGUCUUGUAUAUUUUAUAUACAAAAAUUUAUUAUUAUAUGUAUGUUUGUGUUUAAGUUUC